UGACAGCUUUCAGAUUACGAUAAUUUCAUAAUUUAAUAAUAUUUUAUAUAAUAUUUUGUGAUCUGUGUUCGCUUUAUUUAACUAUAUUGACCUAAAGUUUUAUUUUUUUAAAUUGGCUUUCCUUAUAUAAUACUUUUGAAAAUUGCAAAUAAAAGUUCACUUGAAAAUGGUCUUCAUGGACUACAGUGAAGUGAGAUCUUGGCUACAGCAGAAAUAGAACACAGCACAACAAUGGAGAGGCAGCAGAAGGACAAAUGGGAGGCUCUUGCCACAGUUACUUCCUUUGAUUUAGGUCUUUCAUAUAAUACUCGUCAUGACUCCAUAUUGGAGCGUAGUAGGCAAGAAGUUGACGUGUUCAACUCAACUGCAACCACACCCAUUAGUCUCUUGGUCCAGUCGCUCGUUAAGCAGCUGUGUGGACUGCUGGAGAAGGACCAGUUGCGAGCAAACCAACUGUACAACACCAUCUGCGAGAAGCUGCACAGCAUGAACCUGAUCGACAACUCAUAUUCCAUGGGAGAGUUUGAGGUCAUGAGAAGUCAGUACCAAAGGGCUCUUUAUCAACUAGUGACAGUCACAAACGAAUCAGAAAUACCAAUAAGCUUGCCAGCGUCAUGGCCAAUCAUCCAAUCGUCAACCCUGGAUUGGUCCCGUUACCACAUGGAAUUUGAAGAGCUAUUCUUCAUAGCUGAAGGUGGUUUCGGUUGCGUGUUCAAAGCUCGACACAGGUUGGACGGAGUGGAGUAUGCUGUGAAGAAGGUCUAUAUAAAAUCGUCCGAUGUCAACUCCAUUAUGAAUCAUUUAGCGGAAGUUAAAACACUAGCAAGUCUGAAUCACCCAAAUAUUGUCAGCUACAAAGCAGCCUGGCUUGAACCACUGAUACAGCCGAGCAACGACAAAAACAAGCUAUGUAUGGAUACAGACAGUAAUAGUGAAUUUUCGGUAAUGCAAUCAAAAUUGUCAUCAGCCCAUCCCAAGACUCUACCAUCGUUCAAGACCCACAACUCGAAGGAGUUGAUAAAACAGAACAGCUUCUCUGACUUUGUGAUAUCCUUUAAGAAUUCAAACAGUUUCGAGGAUAAUGACAAUUCAGCAGAUGAAAUAUACAUCUCCGAUAGUGAUGAUGUUUCUGGAAUGGAGGAGAAUGCUGUAUGCAAAUUGUAUUCUGACAAAGAAUACGAGCACUGCUCGCGUGUGAAUCUGAAAUGGGCCACACUGUACAUACAGAUGACGUUCUGCCCGCAAACAUUGAAGCAAUGGUUGGAUGUGCGCAACAACCAAAUGGUGCUUUGCAGAAAGAAUUCUGAAGACUUCUCAUACCUUUCUGACUCGGAGUCACCAUUGUCUCCUGACGCGUGCUACCCAGCAUCUUGGAGUCACAUAGAUAAGCUUAUUCAGAUGUUCACUCAGAUCGUACAUGGGUUGAAUUACAUACAUUCUAGGGGAAUUAUUCACCAUGACAUAAAGCCUAGUAACAUUUUUGUGGUGGAGAGUGCGAAUGAGUUAAGGGUGCUGUUGGGAGAUUUUGGACUGGCAUGUCCAUUGCAGCAGUCUCAUAGGGGAAUGGCGCUCGGCACUCAGCUUUAUGCUGCCCCUGAACAACUGGAAGGCCAGUGUAAUCCUAAGAGUGACAUGUACAGUCUUGGCAUAAUCCUUCUGGAGAUGGUAGAACCCUUCAGCACGCACAUGGAGCGUGUGAAGACCAUCACAGACCUCCGCAAGGGUCAAAUUCCUGCUCACCUCACAGUCAACUAUCCGAAAAUUGCCCACAUCAUCGGCAAACUGGUGCAGAGGCGACCCAAUAAGAGGUUAGAUUCACAUCAACUCCUCGAAGAGUUGAAGCACUUAUCAGAGAAUAAGGAUGACACCAUAAAGACUUUGAGAGAAGAAUUAGCUGCGAAAGAAGAAGAAAUAGCGCAUUUAAGGAUGAUGCUAGCCAAAACGAACCUUAAGUCAUAGGGUUAAAGUACAAUUUAUAAAUCUUUUUUUUUUUUGAGAUUACUGAAAGAUUAAUCAUUAUAAGCAUGUUUCAAAGAAACAACUGUGUUUUAUAUUUUAAGAAUCUUUCGUGAUUGGCAACCAGUCCUUUAAGAAUGUUUCUGUAUCUGUAACGUCUACAUGCGUUUGGUGUUUUUUUUUU